AUGUAUGCCAAGGGCAAAGGCUCUACAGUGCCUUCGGACGCUCAAGCUCGCGAGAAGUUGGCACUUUAUGUGUACGAGUACUUACUACACGUCGGGGCUCAGAAAGCGGCACAGACUUUCCUUUCGGAAAUACGAUGGGAGAAGAAUAUAACGCUUGGAGAACCACCUGGGUUCCUGCAUUCGUGGUGGUGCGUGUUUUGGGAUCUAUAUUGCGCAGCGCCCGAGAGACGGGAUUCAUGUGAGCACUCAUCUGAAGCCAAAGCUUUCCACGACUAUGGAUUUGUCAACUCCGGCUAUGGAGUUAAUGGAAUUGGACACAAUGCCGGCCCAGCGCCUCCCAAUGACGGAAUGGGUGGCGGUGGUAUGCCACCAGGGUUCUUCCCCAACUCUUCGCUGCGGCCGUCGCCACCAGCGCCACAUCCCGGUUCGCAGCCCUCGCCCCACGGGCCACAGGCUCAACUAAUGGGCACCGGGCAGCCGUUCAUAGGCCCGUGGUAUUCAGGCGGACCGCGUUCGGGAGUGAGGAUGGGAAUGGGCAACGACUUUAACGGACCCCCAGGUCAGGGUAUGAUGGGCAACUCGCUGGAGCGCGGCGGCGCUGGUGGCGCGGCGCUGCUGGGCGGGCCGCGCAUGACGCCGCCGCGGCCCGGUUGCGGGCCCUGCAGCCCCGGCGCCUACGCGCAGGGCAUGCGGGGCCCUCCGCCACAGGGACCAGGUAUGCCACCAAUGGGUAUGGGCCCGCGUGGUGCGUGGUCCGGUGGGGGCGGAGGUGGCGGGGCUGCGCCCCUCAACUACAGCGGGGGCUCGCCCGGCGCCUACGGGGCUCCGCCGGGCUCCAACGGGCCGCCGGGGCCGCCUACACCCAUAAUGCCGAGCCCGCAGGACUCCUCAAACUCGGGCGGUGACAACAUGUACACCCUGAUGAAGCCAGUCGGCGCGGGAGCCCUAGGGGCGGAGUUCCCGCUCGCGGGCGAACACGGGCCUGCGCCGCAGCACCUGCCGCAGCCGCCCGCCUCCGAAGGAUUAGGCGGUGUGGACGGCAUGAAGUCAUCGCCAGGAGGGGUUGGAGGUGGAGGACCGGGCACGCCAAGGGAGGACUCAGGAUCAGGAAUGGGAGAUUAUAACUUAAGUUUUGGAGGUCCCGGAGGUGACCAAAACGAUCAAACCGAGUCGGCCGCGAUUCUGAAAAUAAAGGAGAGCAUGCAGGAAGAGGCGAAACGAUUCGAAAAGGACCCAGACCACCCGGACUAUUUCAUGCAAUGA